UGUUGUUUUAUUUCUUUGGGGUAAAUCAUAUUUCUCUAAGAUUGAAGUCACAAAAAAAGAAUGCGGAAAUGUCAUCUGCUAGACCUGUCAGCGCCCCAGUGUCGCGAGGGGGUUCCCUGAUCCCAGCACCGAGGUUAAAAGACUAUAUUUUUGUAGAAAAACUUGGAAGUGGUUCAUACGCAACUGUUUACAAAGCUUUUCGAAAGAAAGGAACAAGGGAAGUAUCUGCCAUAAAAUGUGUUUUGAAAAGCAGUCUCAACAAGGCUUCAACAGAAAACCUUCUAACGGAAAUAGCUUUGUUGAAGAAGCUGAAGCAUGACAAUAUAGUAGAGCUUAAAGACUUCCAGUGGGAUGACACCUAUAUCUACCUGAUUAUGGAGUUCUGCGCUGGAGGUGAUCUGUCUCUUUUCCUUCGCAAGAAACGAACACUGCCAGAGUACACUGUCAGGAAAUUCCUUCGCCACAUUGUUUCAGCCAUGAAGUUUCUUCAUGAUAACAAUGUUGCACACAUGGAUCUCAAACCUCAGAAUAUCCUCUGUACAUCUUCACAAGAACCUGUCCUCAAAAUUGCCGAUUUUGGAUUUGCCAAGCACCUCUACAGUGGAGAUCAGCUCCAUGCCUUGAGGGGCAGCCCCCUGUACAUGGCCCCUGAGAUCAUCUGCAGGGGGAAGUAUGAUGCACGCGUCGACUUGUGGUCGAUUGGGGUCAUUUUGUAUGAAUGCCUGUUUGGCAGAGCUCCGUACGCUUCCAAGUCAUUCCGAGAGCUGGAGGAUAAAAUUUGGGACACCACACCUAUCGAGCUUCCGUAUGGUGUGGAUAUGUCGGACCACUGUCGGGACUUGCUGCUAGGGCUGCUGGUACGAGACCCAGAAAAGAGGCUGCCGUUCAGGGAGUUCUUUGAGCAUCCAUUCCUUGACCUCGAGCAUUCCCCUUCACCUGGAUGUCUGGAAAAAGCUACAUCCUUGGUGAAGCAAGCUGUGAUCCUUGAUGGCAAGGGAGAAUACCCCGCUGCUGUGAAACAUUACUGUGAGGCAGUGGAGUAUUUCCUCCCUGCCAUAAAAUUUGAAAGGGACAGUUCCAAGAAAGAAGUCUUACGGAAAAGGGUUCAGGAGUACAUGGACAGGGCUGCAGAGAUCAAGGCCCUGUUGAAGCCAGUAAGGGAGCUUGGGUCUUCUGUGAGACGCUCAGACUCCAAGAACAGAGAGGAAGAAAUGUUUGAUCUUUUUGCUGGUUGUGAUGAAAUGCAGGCAGCUAUUAAACUCACUAAUGCUGCAGUAAUUGAGGAGGCAAAGGAAGAGUAUGAAGUGGCAUUGAAGCAUUACGAACUUGCUCUUGGCACCUCCAUACAGUUUCUAAAAUCUGAAGAGAAAGGUAAACGUAAAGACCUGCUGCGAGAGAAUGUGGACCGGUGGAUGACGAGGGCCGAGGGGAUCAAGUCAUACCUGAGCGUGAAGAAGUGUGACGACAACAUGGAACAGCAGACCAGCCUUGAGGAGAAAGAGGGCGUCAUGAUGAAUCAAGAAUGGUGUCACAUACAGUGAACAUGUGCCAUUGACAGGUUCCUGCAGCCUCAGGGUUGAGUGUAACUUAGAAUGUUCCAAUAAUCUACCGUUUAACAGAUUAUUUUUGUGUCAGGGGGCCAUGAUAUCUCAAAAACACCAGCUUCCACGUUGCAAUCAGUAUUAUACUUUCUACAGAUCUGUUUUGAUGUACAGACUUGGACUGUGUUGUGAAUGUAUACACUAACAGGGUACUGUACAGUGUGUGCACAACAAUUUGUUUUGUACGAACACACAUUGUUCAGGUUACAAUGAACAAUCCAUUAACUGAUACAAGUGAAAACAAUUAUGCGGAUUCUAACAAAACAGUAUAUGACAUGUUUUUAUGUCCCCCACUAUAGUAGUGGGGGACAUAUUGUUUUUGCCCUGUCUGUUGGUCUGUUGGUCUGUCUGUUGGUCUGUUGGUCUGUUUGCGCCAACUUUAACAUUUUGCAAUAACUUUUGUUAUAUUGAAGAUAGCAACUUCAUAUUUGGCAUGCAUGUGUAUCUCAUGAAGCUGCACAUUUUGAGUGGUGAAAGUUCAAGGUCAAGGUCAUCCUUCAAGGUCAGAGGUCAAAUAUAUGUGGCCAAAAUCGCUCAUUUUAUGAAUACUUUUGCAAUAUUUAAGAUAGCAACUUGAUAUUUGGCAUGCAUGUGUAUCUCAUAGAGCUGCACGUUUUGAGUGGUGAAAGGUCAAGGUCAUCCUUCAAGGUCAGAGGUCAAAUAUAUGUGGCCAAAAUCGCUCAUUUUAUGAAUACUUUUGCAAUAUUGAAGAUAGCAACUUGAUAUUUGGCAUGCACGUGCAUCACAUGGAGCUGCACAUUUUGAGUGGUGAAAGGUCAAGGUCAUCCUUCAAGGUCAAAGGUCAAAUAUAUGUGGCCCAAAUCACUUAUUUUAUGAAUACUUUUGCAAUAUUGAAGUUAGCAACUUGAUAUUUGGCAUGCAUGUGUAUCUCAUGGAGCUGCACAUUUUGAGUGGUGAAAGGUCAAGGUCAAGGUCAUCCUUCACAAGGUCAAGGUCAUCUUUCAAGGUCAAACAUCAUAUAGGGGGACAUUGUGUUUCACAAACACAUCUUGUUUUUAGAAUAACAAAAAAAGUUAGCUGACUUCAUUUAGCUAAAGAACAUAUACAACUCUGUAAAACUGCUGGAAAACAAUACAAGUUUCAAAUCUUAUCUCAGCCUGAAAAAAUAUAUUUCACCUUUAAAUUUCACAAAUUGUUGUAAAAUGAGAUUAAAAAUAUAAUAUUG